CGGGUGCUGACGCUGUAUUGAUGAUGCGCCCCGGCUUCGACUUCAACUCAGGCACUUAAGCUUUGCGAGUGCAAGAUGCCAUCUCCUCAGGCGCCGUCUCCCAUGGCCGCUCCGACGAUCAUAAGCCGAUCCCCCACGACCUCCAUUUUCGGUUUCAAGAAGCGCGCGGGGACAGCGCCCAGGACAGCAGCGUCGUACCUCUCUGCGCUUUCCGAAGCCGAUGCGCGCAGGCAGCGGCAGCACCAGCGCAGCUCCUCCUCCUCAGCCGUCAGCGUCAGCGGUAGCUCUGUGUCCAUGUUUGCCGCAUCGUCCCAGGCCACCACGCUCGACUCGUUAGAGGGGGACGACGACGUCACGGUGACAAACAACGGCCUGGAGACACCGCUGCGGCCGCCCACCUCGGAGCAGGUGUUCACCACGGUGCACAGUGAAUUUGGGCAUUGCGACAACGAGGACUUCCGCUUCGUCUCCGAACACGUCCCCGGGUCGCCGCUGUCGCACGACCCCUUAGAGCCUCCGUACUACGUCGUGUUUUCGACGUACAUCAGUUACCUGAUCCUGAUUUGCUUAGGCCACAUUCGCGACUUCUUCGGAAAACGUCUUAAAAACCGGUCUUACAGCCAUCUCAAGCCCAGCGAUGGAUACGCACCCCUGAACUCGGACUUUGACUCGUUCUACACCCGGCGUCUGAAACUGCGCAUGGAUGAAUGCUUCGGCCAGCCCAUCACCGGAGUGGCCGGACGGACCGCACUUCUGUUGGACCGGUACUCCACCGACUACAACGAGACCCAGUUUUUCACGGGCACGCGCACGCGGGCGCUCAACAUCUCGUCAUACAACUAUCUCGGUUUCGCACAGGCCCAGGGCGGGUGCGCUGACGCGGUGGAGGAGAGCAUCAAGCGGUACGGGGUCUCGAGUGCCGGGGCACGACUCGAGGGCGGCUCGACCGACCUGCACGUCCUGGCCGAGGCGCUCGUGGCGCGUUUCGUCGGACACGAGGACGCGCUGAUCUCGUCGAUGGGCUUCGCGACCAACUCCGCGAUCAUCCCCGCCGUCGUGGGCAAGGGUUGUCUCGUGAUCUCGGACGAACUGAACCACGCGAGCAUCCGCUUCGGGGUGCGGCUGAGCGGCGCCAGUGUGCGUAUGUUCAAGCACAACAAUAUGGCGGAGCUCGAGAACCUGCUGCGGGAAGCCAUCAGCCAGGGCCAGCCCAAGACACACCGGCCGUGGAAGAAGAUCCUGCUCAUCGUCGAGGGCCUGUAUAGCAUGGAGGGCACUUUCGUCAACCUUCCUGUUGUGAUGGAACUGAAGAAAAAGUACAAGUUCUACCUCUGGAUCGACGAGGCGCAUUCCGUCGGCGCUGUCGGACCGCACGGCCGAGGCGUGUGCGACUUUUUCAACAUCGAUCCACGGUCGGUAGACAUCCUCAUGGGGACGUUCACCAAGUCGUUUGGAGCGGCCGGCGGUUAUGUCGCUGGCAACAAGAUGCUGAUCGACCGACUUCGCCUCCGCCACCACCUGGGUCCCUAUGCCGAGUCGAUGACACCGCCCGUCCUGAUGCAGAUUGUAGCCAGCAUGAGCAGCAUCAUGGGCGUCGUCGACGGCGAGAGCGAGCAGACGACGAUGCACCCUGGGCCGGUGUCCCGCGCGCUCGUUCCUUCGUGGCUGUCGCUGGAUCCAUCACUCGCUUCGGGCAUUGAGGGCAAAGACCGGCUGCGCCGUCUCACCUUCAACUCGCGGUACCUGCACGAGGGGCUCAACAAGCUCGGGUUCAUCACGUACGGGCACGGAAUGUCGCCGGUGAUCCCGCUGCUGCUGUACCAGCCCGGCAAGAUGAUACUCUUCCACCGCAUGAUGAAAGAGUACAAGACGCCGAUCAUCACCGUCGUCGUCACAUAUCCGGCAUGCGACCUGAUGACCGCCCGCGUGCGUUUCUGUGUCAGCGCGGCACACACGAAGGAAGAUAUCGACACCAUUCUGCGCGCUUGUAACGAGAUCGGAGACGUCCUGGACCUGAAGCACGGCUUGCCGCCUAGCGAGCGAUGGGAUCUGGACACAGUCUGCGCUCGGGCAGUUGAACUGGCUCGUGCUGAGUAGUGGUCAUCACGACAUCUUUCCGGAUAGUAUAUACUGUAGACGCUGGGGGUGAUAUAAUGUUGCGCAGCUGCGCGUGAAAGAUGAAGAUGCCAAAUCGCAAGUUACCCUGUUUCAAGGCCCAUAGCCCGACCGAGGGUAAUCUGCUCGCAGGUGGUUGACCUCUCAACGAAGUACAUGAUCU